UCAGUCUUAAUAGUCGCUCCCUAGACUGUCAAGUCUACAACAACCCAGGGACAGGCAGAGGCAGAGGCCGCGAGACAAGAACUAGAAGCAGCUAGCAGCCGUGCGCUAAUUUAGCCAUGGCGAGGGGGAGCGUGGAGGAAUCGCUCCUCGCCGCGGGCCGACCCGGGGAGGAGUGCCUGAGCGUGCGGGAGGAGGUGAAGAAGCAGCUAUGGCUGGCGGGGCCCAUGAUCGCCGGCGCGCUGCUGCAGAACGUGAUCCAGAUGAUCUCCGUAAUGUACGUCGGCCACCUCGGCGAGCUCCCCCUCGCCGGCGCCUCCAUGGCCAACUCCUUCGCCACCGUCACCGGCCUCAGCCUGCUGCUUGGAAUGGCCAGCGCCCUGGACACUCUGUGCGGCCAAGCGUUCGGAGCCAGGCAAUACUACCUCCUCGGCAUCUACAUGCAACGCGCCAUGUUCCUGCUCACCCUCGUGAGCGUCCCUGUCGCCGUCAUCUGGUUCCACACCGGCGAGAUCCUGCUCCUGUUCGGCCAGGACCCCGACAUCGCCGCGGAGGCCGGCAACUACGCCCGGUGGAUGAUCCCGGCGAUCUUCGGUUACGGCCUGAUGCAGUGCCAAGUCCGGUUCCUGCAGACGCAGAACAUCGUGAUGCCCGUGAUGGCGAGCGCCGGCGCGGCCGCAGCGUGCCACCUGGUCGUGUGCUGGGUGCUCGUGUACGGGCUCGGUUUGGGUAGCAAGGGCGCCGCGCUGAGCAACGCCAUCGCCUUCUGGGUGAACGUGGUCUUGUUGGCUGUGUACAUCAGGGUCUCCAGCGCGUGCAAGGAGACGUGGACCGGGUUCUCCAUGGAGGCGUUCCAUGACGCGCUCAGCUUCUUCAGGCUCGGGAUCCCAUCAGCUCUGAUGGUCUGCUUGGAGAUGUGGUCGUUUGAGCUCAUUGUGCUCCUUUCAGGCCUUCUCCCAAACCCCAAAUUGGAGACGUCUGUGCUAUCUAUCAGCCUCAACACGGCUGCCUUCGUGUGGAUGAUCCCCUUUGGGCUUGGCUCGGCCGUUAGCACUCGCGUCUCCAAUGAGCUCGGCGCUGGGCGGCCCCAAGCUGCACGCCUUGCGGUGCGCGUGGUUGUGUUCUUGGCCGUCUCGGAAGGACUGGUCAUAGGGCUGAUCUUGGUCUGCAUACGCUACAUUUGGGGCCACGCGUACAGCAACGUCGAGGAGGUAGUGAGAUAUGUGGCCAAGAUGAUGCUGGUCAUCACGGUGUCCAACUUCUUUGAUGGAAUCCAGUGUGUCCUUUCAGGUGUUGCAAGAGGCUGCGGAUGGCAGAAGAUUGGUGCUUGCAUUAACCUUGGUGCCUACUAUAUCGCCGGCAUUCCUUCAGCUUACCUCAUAGCUUUCGUCUUGCAUGUUGGCGGGAUGGGCCUGUGGUUGGGCAUCAUAUGUGGGCUCCUCGUACAAGUCCUGCUGCUAAUGAUCGUCACGCUAUGUACCAACUGGGACGAUGAGGCAACGAAGGCGAAGAACAGAGUAUACAAUUCUUCUUCUCCCGCAGAUUUUGAAACAUGAAAAUUGAAUGGAAGCCCAGCAAACACAUUUGAAAAGUGUACCACUUUCAUGUAUUCAAUAAAUUUGGAGAUUACACAGAGUAUGCUUUUGUUCUCAUUCAGUUAAAACUAUUGUUGGGGAAUUAUAAAUGGUUCCCACCAGAUGGGCCUAAACAACCUCCUAUAUGGCCCAUGGAAGGAUUCAGCCCAAGGACCUAGAUGCAA